AUGUUCUUCUUGUAUUUAUUACUUUAUAUUACAUGGGGGAAAGUAGUUCAAAAGUCAGAGUUGAAAAAAGACACUUGUGAUAGUAGAUCACCUGUUGUGUUAAUUCCUGGGUUGAUGGCAUCCAUUAUUGAAGCAAAAAUAAAUGUUGCAGAUGAUUAUCAACCAUGGCCAAAAUCAGGGAAGUGUGAGAAAAAUAAAGAUUGGUUUAGGGCAUGGGUUAAUGUAGAUAUUGCAGUUCCAUGGAAGAGUGAGUGUUAUAUCAAUUAUUUGAGUGGAAUAUGGAAUAAUCAAACCAAUAAGUUAGAAACUAUUCCUGGUAUCGAUUUAAGAAUACCACAAUUUGGAUCAACUUAUGCAUGUGACCAAUUAGAUCCAGUGUUUUUAAUUGGUUCUUUUACUAAUUCAUUUCAUAAAAUUAUUGAACAUUUGAAAAGUGUAGGAUAUAAAGACCAAAUUGAUAUGUUUGGAGCUUCUUAUGACUGGAGAACAGUUGAUUUACCAAAAACAUAUUUUGAAGGAGUGAAAGGACUUAUUUAUGAAGGCUUUAAGAAUAGUGGGAAGAAAGUUGUUAUUAUUUCUCAUUCUAUGGGUGGUCUUGUAUCUUACAAAUUAUUUGAUUACCUUGGAAAAGAUUUUUGUGAUAAAUAUAUUCAAAAAUGGAUUGCAAUUUCUGCUCCAUUCAUUGGAACAGGGGUAGUUCCAAAACAAAUGACAGUUGGAGAAAAUUUAGGACUUCCAAUCAAAGCAGAAUAUGCACGAGAUCUUUCUAGAUCAAUUGAGUCAGUGUUAGCGUUAUCUCCAAAUGAAGAGAAGUGGAAUGAUGAUAUCCUUGUUAGAAUUAAAAGUAAUGGGAAAACUUAUACUGCUAAACAAUUGAGAGAGGUAUAUAAACAAAUUCCAGAGUUAAAAGAUAAAACUGAUUAUAUUUUAGAUACUGAAAUGACACCAUUAUAUAAGAAAUGGAAUUGGACUAUUCCAAAUGGAGUUAAAAUGGAUUGUGUUUAUUCUCAUGGGAAAGAAACUCCUUAUUCUAUAGAAUUUGAUACGGAAGACUUAACAAAAGAUUAUACCGUUAAUUAUUCUGAUGGAGAUAAUUUAGUUAAUAUUAAUUCAUUAGAAUCAUGUAAAAUAUUUACUGACUCUGUGACUAACCUUGGUAAACAUGGACAUUUAUUAAUUUUAAAUUCUAAUGAUAUUUGGAAUUAUAUUAAACCUAAAGUAUGUGGUAAUUAUGAUUAA